AUGAAUUUUUUCUUAUUUUACUUUUUGAGUAUCAAGUUGGUGGUCGGAGAGCUUCCUCCUGCCGCAUGUUCUCCAGAUCUACCAACUUGCGUCGAUGUUUGCCAGGAAGACAAAUGGAUCAAAAAACGAGAUGCUUGUGUUGAAAAAGCCACUCGAUUUCACGAGAUGUGCUAUGUUCACUCGUGUAACGUAACUGUUACUUUGGACAACUUCAAGGAUGUGGCGAUUAAGUUCUUUGCCGACAUGGCGGGAGUCCAACUUGCAGAGAGUGAUGACGAGGACGAUGAAGAAGGCUCGGCUAUGGAAUGUGCGAAGGACUGUGAUGCUCAUUUACAAAAUACUCUUUGGAAAUGUCCAUGUUACCAGUCGGACGAUGAAAAAUUGGAAGAAGAAAAUGUUUUUCAAACAAUGAAAGAUUCCAUCUUAAACCUCACGACUGCGCUUGAAGAAAUAAAGAAACAAUACUCUGAGCUGAAGACCACUUUAACCGAAACGAUUCAGAAAAACGAACAGACCGUUAAACAGUAUUAUACUUCGCUUUCUGGGAAAAUAGAGAAGGUCGAAGAGAAGGCUCACCGGUAGAAAAUGGCGCGUGGACACAAGAAGGCGACUGGAUUUUCGGAGCAAGAGCUCGAGCUUCUUAGAAAUUUCUCGCCUAACACGUCAAGCAAAGGAAUGGCUGUCUUCUGGAUUCACGCGCUCUACGUCGUUCUCGUCCCAAUUUGGAUCCAAGCUAGAGUGCACCAAUAUCCUGUUGGGGAGCAAAUGAUCUACCUCGUUUUGGGAACCCUUCUGCAAGCCUUUGCACUCCAAUUUGCCUACAAAAAUGUCAAGAAUGUCCAAAAGGAAAAAAUCGCACUUCAACGAACAGAAGCUGUUUCCGCCGAAGUCACCGCCCAGGUCGGCACUAAGGUCGCCCGACAAGAGCUCGAAGACAGAAUCCUCUGGCGAAAGGGAGAAGUUGCUGAGAACGAGUCCAUCCACUUCUCGAUCUUGUACAACAACUGCAUCUACCUUGGACUCUACCUUUUGUUUUCGGUGAUCUUCUUCAAGAACUGGGCGCCCUUGACGAACUACACCUUCUCAAUCAUCGUCGCUGCCGGAGCCGUCGCCGGAAUCUCCAGAACUAAGUAA